GACGCGCGCUGGGAGAGAGCCAACAAGAAACCCGCGGACCGGACAGCGACACCGGCGAGCCGCACCGAACUGUUCCAGCCGCUGGCCUUCCGUAGCCGCUGCACCAGGACAUUACUCUAAAGCUCUCCAAGACGCCCCCUCCCCUUGGCUCCUCCCUUUGAACCAGAAAAAGAAAAAGAGAGGAAAAAAGAAAGGAAGGAUACUAGAAAGGAAAGCCAGAUUUGCCACCACAACAAAAGGGGGGGGGAGGGAAAAAAAAAUCGAGACUGUGGGGUUGAAACGCAAGCCGCGGGAGCGUGGGCCGAGCGAUGCGGGGCUGCGCGCCCAAGCGGCCGCGAGUUGUGACUGAAGCCAGGAUGCACGGCCAGGCACGGUGAAGAGCCAGAUCACAUUGCCUUCCCGAAGGAGUCCAGGCGCAGGGAGGGCCGCUGCGAGGACACGGAAGGCCGCCUGGCAGGCCAACGGCCGAGGUGACAGGGCUGGGGCGGUGGGGAGCGAGCGAGUGCGCCCGGCUGCGUCCGCCCGAAGUUGUCCCUUUUCGUUUUUGACUGGCAAAAACACUCUCCAAAGGGGGGUGGGGACCUAAGCACCAACUACAAUCAACAAAUCUACCCAACCUGCCCUCUCUCCCUUCCCUUGGCCUGCCCUCGACCCCUUCCCAGGCCCAGCGCGGUCGCCCAGACUGUCCCGACUCUCUGCAAGAAGCCGGCAACGUAGGAUCCAAAGCGUUCUACUCCUGUGUUCUUUUCUUUCCGUGUUUUUUUUUUUAAAGGGAACAACCCGGUGGUGGGCGGUCUGGCACGCACACACAACCGGUGGUGGGCGGUCCGGCACGCACACACAACCUGCCUUCAUACUUGGACAAAAGCUGAUGCACUUUGACUUCUGACAGCUCUACCUCAAGCCGGAGAGAACCCAGCGUCGCUUUCUUGAAUCCCGAGCUCUUGCCGUCUUUCUUUUAACCGGUUUCAAUUUUAUUUAUUUCUGUCCCGCCCCCUUUCUCGGUGACCUUCACUCCUCCGGCUUUGGGCAGAAGAGCCGCUUUCUUGUCCGCUGGAGACUGAUUUUCCUCGCCUGGUGAGCUGAGGUGGCGCCGCUCCAGCCCCGCGGCCCUGGGAUUCCCGGGCUGCCCCCUACCAGCCUGGUCUCUCCCCUUUUGAUUUGCUGGUGCGGUUUUUUUGCUUGCCCGACUUGAGCGGGUUUUUUCUUUUUGGAGGCGCUGGGAAGCUCAGGCUGGUUGUCUUCAGGAGUCAUCUCCUCGAUUCUAUUUGCCCCAUCGAUCGGAGCCUCACCGGACCAAACCAAAGACCAUGGUGCACUGUGCGGGCUGCAAAAGGCCCAUCCUGGACCGUUUCCUCUUGAACGUGCUGGACAGGGCCUGGCACGUCAAGUGCGUCCAGUGCUGUGAAUGUAAAUGCAACCUGACCGAGAAGUGCUUCUCCCGGGAAGGCAAGCUCUACUGUAAAAACGACUUCUUCCGAUGUUUCGGUACCAAAUGCGCGGGGUGUGCGCAGGGCAUAUCUCCAAGCGAUCUGGUGCGGAGAGCGCGAAGCAAAGUCUUUCACCUCAACUGCUUCACGUGCAUGAUGUGUAACAAGCAGCUUUCCACCGGCGAGGAGCUCUACAUCAUCGACGAGAACAAGUUCGUUUGUAAAGAGGAUUACCUGAGUAACAGCAGUGUCGCCAAAGAGAACAGCCUCCACUCUGCCACCACAGGCAGUGACCCUAGUUUAUCUCCGGAUUCCCAAGACCCAUCGCAGGACGAUGCCAAGGACUCGGAAAGUGCCAACGUGUCAGACAAGGAAGGUGGGAGCAAUGAAAAUGAUGACCAGAACCUAGGUGCCAAGCGCAGAGGACCCCGAACCACGAUCAAAGCCAAGCAGUUGGAGACGUUGAAGGCAGCCUUUGCAGCUACACCCAAGCCCACACGCCAUAUCCGUGAGCAACUGGCCCAGGAGACUGGCCUCAACAUGCGGGUCAUCCAGGUCUGGUUCCAGAAUCGACGUUCCAAGGAGCGGAGGAUGAAGCAGCUGAGCGCGCUGGGCGCGCGGCGCCACGCCUUUUUCCGCAGUCCCCGCCGGAUGCGGCCGCUGGUGGACCGCCUGGAGCCCGGCGAGCUCAUCCCCAACGGCCCCUUCUCCUUUUACGGAGAUUACCAGAGCGAGUACUAUGGUCCCGGGGGCAACUAUGACUUCUUCCCGCAAGGACCGCCGUCCUCGCAGGCCCAGACGCCAGUGGACCUACCCUUUGUGCCAUCAUCUGGGCCUUCGGGGACGCCGCUGGGAGGUCUAGACCACCCGCUGCCUGGCCACCACCCUUCCAGCGAGGCACAGCGAUUCACCGACAUCUUGGCACAUCCCCCAGGGGACUCGCCCAGUCCUGAGCCCAGCCUGCCCGGGCCUCUCCACUCCAUGUCAGCGGAGGUCUUCGGACCCAGUCCACCCUUCUCAUCUCUGUCCGUCAAUGGCGGGGCCAGCUACGGGAACCACCUGUCCCAUCCUCCUGAAAUGAACGAGGCAGCCGUGUGGUAGCGGGACCUCGCAUGGGCCACGGGAUCUCGUGGUUGUACAGAGUCUACAGAGACGAACUUUUAUUUAAGAAAAAAAAAAAAAAAAAAAAAAACAUAAAAAGCAAGCCUCCUGCUCCUCUUCCUCCAGCCUCGGGGACCAUUCUCAGUAUUGGGGAGACUGGAAGGCAAAGGGGGUCCAAAAUAGGAUCCAAAUCCGCCUCACGGUAGAGCUGGGAUAUCCACACACUGGCUGGCAAAACGCAGAACUGGGGCUCCUGAAGGAGAAUUCUCAGCUAUCCUCAACCUUCAACCUGAGUCUGGAUCCGUGGACAGACUCCACCGGCAGCGGCUCCUCUGGCUAGCUGGAAGACGACUUUGACAGCGGCAGCCUAGAACAGUCCUGGCCAAUGCCAGGAGCCUGGGGAGGGAAACCUAGAGGCCCGCUCAGCCGGGUGAGGGAGGAAAAGCUGUCGGGGCUUUCCAGUCAAGAGGGUCCUAGUUCUGGGAGAUCUUAGUGUUGUCUCAAAGUUCAGCGACGACAACAAACUCUUAAUAGCUUCAGAAACACCGACCUGCUGUGCAUCAGGUGGGACUAUAUAUAUUUUUUUGUCUAUCCGGGUUUUCGAUUUUUGUUUUUGCCAAAAUUUCAAAAUUUUAAUGUAAAGCUCUCAAUUCUUCUACCUUCACAAAUCUCUCUCAAUCUCU